AAAUCCCAUACCCCAUCAUGACCCCAAACUUUCCUCUCACCUCUCCCUGUUUCUAUUCCUUCACCCUCAUUUUAAAUCCAUUUCUAACAAACAUAUUCUAUUUGGUCUUAUUCUUCAUUAUCUCGGCUUCUGCUCUCUAAUGGAAGAAUACUAUUAUAAGAGAAGCCAUGUACCAGCAUUUGGGAGCUGGGAUUGGAAUGAUGAUCAUAGUAACUUCCCAUAUACAAAGUGUUUUGAUUCUGCGAGACAACCUGGUUCACUAAGCUAUAGUUACUCAGAGUCUGAGGAUCGUGAUCUUUAUGGAACAGGGGAUUUCUACGACAACCAUGUUGUCUCACCGACAAGGAUUCUUGUUCCUCGCAAAAGGGCAAAAAUGCGUGACGAGCAUGAAAAGGAAACGAAAAAGAAGAAUUUGGUCAAUAAUGUUCAUAUUGAACAAAACCUAACUGCACUACCAACCUCAAAACCAAUUGAUGAUGAUGAUGAUUUAUAUAACAUCUCACCACACCUUCGUUAUGCCAAAGUUAAAAAGAGGAGGCGAUUAUGUUUCUUUUCUAGCUGCUUUUUACCAGCUUGCAAUGCUUGAGAUAAGAAAAAAUUGAAGAAGUGGUCCAAAGCCAUGUAAAAAUACAUUUAAUAGAGGAAUGUUUUAUAUUGUAAUGAGUUAAUAGAAUGAUAGCAUUCUUGAAGAAGAAGAAAGAAAGCACGCUGAAUUUUUCUUAGAUUGAUAAUUGUAUCACUAGCAGUGGCACUUGUUGUAACAACUUCAUCACACCAGCUUGAAAUUUUAUUCAAACAAGAUGGAAAUCGAUCUUGAAAUGCUUAAUUCUUUUAUGUAAAAGUGGAUUGACGGCUACAUGUAGGAAACUUCA